UCUCGUCCCUUCCCCAGGGCUGCCGCAAUUUCCAUUAAUAGCCAGCCGAGCAGCCGGGCUAAAAAUAACCCCCGGCCCUCUUCAUAAGGCCCUGCCGGCCGCCCCCCCCCGGCAGCCCCACACGCCAUGGCCGAGCGCCGCGUCCCCUUCACCUUCCUGCGCAGCCCCAGCUGGGACCCCUUCCGCGACUGGUACCAUGGCAGCCGCCUCUUCGACCAGUCCUUUGGGAUGCCCCACAUCCCCGAGGAUUGGUACAAGUGGCCCAGCGGCAGCGCCUGGCCGGGAUAUUUCCGCCUGCUGCCCCGGGAGAGCGCCCUGAUGCCGGUGCCCGGCUCGCCCUUCAGCCAGGCGCUGACCCGCCAGCUCAGCAGCGGCGUCUCCGAGAUCCGCCAGACCGCCGACAGCUGGAAGGUCACCUUGGAUGUCAACCACUUCGCACCUGAGGAGCUGGUGGUCAAGACCAAGGAUAACAUCGUGGAGAUAACCGGCAAGCACGAGGAGAAGCAGGAUGAACACGGCUUCAUCUCCCGGUGCUUCACCCGAAAAUACACCCUUCCCCCUGGUGUGGAAGCCACGGCCGUGCGGUCCUCGCUGUCUCCCGAUGGAAUGCUGACGGUGGAGGCCCCCCUGCCCAAACCUGCCAUCCAGUCUGCCGAAAUCACCAUCCCUGUCACCGUGGAGAGCCAAGCCAAGGAGCCAGCCAAGAAGUAGGCGGCACCGAGGAGGAGGAGAAGGAGGAAGAGGAGAAGCCGCUGCUGCCCCCCGCCCCCACCCUCAGCUGCCCCCUCACACCCACCCCCUUUUUACUGUUGAUUUUAUACUCGCCCUGCCACUGAGUGCCUUGAAUAAAUGUGAAGGAACCGACAGAAUCAGCUGGAAUAAAAGCUGGUGAAAGAAA